AAAUGACAAAAAUCCCGUGUAGUAGUUGCCAGCAGAAGGCAGAAGCUGCAGCACGGAACACGUUCUCAAAUCCAGGGUCAGACCUCAAGAACACUCAAGAUUUACUGAUGAAAGCUCAGCAGAUACUUGAUCAUAAAGAGUAAUAACAACUAAACUAAGACACUGAAAGGAAAAUACCAGAUGCCAUUCUGCAGGAUGUACUAAAUGCCACUUAAUGGAUACAUUUAAAUCCUCCUGAAUCAACAGAGUAACCAGGUAGUGAAGAAGAAACACAAGCCAUGGACAACCUCACCUCUGUGGCUGUGAAUGGCAGCUUAUGCACCAGAGAUUACAAGAUCACCCAGGUCCUCUUUCCGCUCCUUUACACUGUCCUGUUUUUUGUUGGACUCAUCACAAACAGUCUGGCUAUGAGGAUUUUCUUUCAAAUCCGCAAUAAAUCUAAUUUUAUCAUUUUUCUUAAGAACACAGUCAUUUCUGAUCUUCUCAUGAUUCUGACUUUUCCAUUCAAAAUUCUCAGUGAUGCCAAACUGGGAACAGGACCACUGAGAACCUUUGUGUGCCAAGUGACCUCUGUCAUAUUUUAUUUCACAAUGUACAUCAGUAUUUCAUUCCUUGGACUGAUAACUAUUGAUCGCUACCAGAAGACCACCAGGCCAUUUAAGAUGUCCAACCCCAGCAAUCUCUUGGGGGCUAAAAUUCUCUCUGUCGUAAUUUGGGCAUUCAUGUUCUUACUCUCUUUGCCCAACAUGAUUCUGACCAACAGGAGGCCAAAAGACAAGAAUGUGAAGAAAUGCUCUUUCCUCAAAUCAGAGUUUGGUCUGGUCUGGCAUGAAAUAGUCAAUUACAUCUGUCAAGUCAUUUUCUGGAUUAAUUUUUUAAUUGUCAUUGUAUGUUAUACACUCAUUACAAAAGAACUGUACAGGUCAUAUGUGAGAACAAGGGGCGUAGGCAAAGUCCCCAAGAAAAAGGUAAACAUCAAAGUUUUCAUUAUCAUUGCUGUAUUUUUUAUUUGUUUUGUUCCUUUCCAUUUUGCCCGCAUUCCCUACACCCUGAGCCAAACCCGGGAUGUCUUUGACUGCUCCGCUGAGAAUACUCUGUUUUAUGUUAAAGAAAGCACACUUUGGUUGACUUCCUUAAAUGCAUGCCUGGAUCCAUUCAUCUACUUUUUCCUCUGCAAGUCCUUCAAAAAUUCCUUAAUGAGUAUGCUGAAGUGCCGCAAUUCUGCAACGUCUCCAUCCCAACAAAACAGGAAAAAAGAACAGGACGGUGGUGACCCAAGUGAAGAGACUCCAAUGUAA